AUGGAUUAUGAAGAAGAUUUAUCUUCCAGUGAUGAAGAAUCUUCGGAAACUGGGGAGGUGAUAAUGAAUCAUUUCCAUGAUGACAUGGACUCCAUCAAUAUUGCAUCACCUCCUUCUUCCGAAGAUCAUCACAACUCUCCUCAACAACAAAUAAGCAUGGAAGAGACUUCAUCCAACGUUGCAACAACUCCUCUUCAAGAAUCAACUCUUGCACAAGCGAGUGAGAGCAGCAAGGAUCUCAACAAUGGUAUUCAUAGAGAUACGCCAUCGUUAUCAUCAACGACCCCAAAACCUCUCAAUCCCUUAAUUCCCACACUUAUCACCUCUCCUCUUACAGCUUCAGCCUCACCCUCUAAAUUACUACAACUAUCUCCUAGAGCUCAAUAUCAUCCUCCUAACAUGCACCUCAAUAUUGAUAAUUUAUUGCAUCAUGGCUCGGAACGACUGGCAUCUCCUUCCCGUGCUCUUGUAAAUAACAUCAUACAUCAUCUGACUCCACACCACCUUUCUCCUCGAUAUCAACCAGUUGUUUCGGAUGUUUCAACAGAAGAUGAAGAUGUGAGUGGUAUGAACAUGUUGAACGAUGAUGAGGAGGAAUUGAAUAUAUUGAUCGAUCAUUCGACUCAACAGCGAGUGGUUCCUUCAAAAUCAAAAUCUCCACCUCCCUCACACGGAUUUCGAGGCACCAGUCCAACCUUAAAAGCAAGUAGUUACUCGGGAAAUCUUUCUGGUGACGACGAAGAAGAUGAUGACGAAGAAGAGUUGGAAGAGAAUAUCGAGUCAGACGAGGAAGAUGAAAUUAUUGACAUUAACAGUCCACCAGAAGAGGAUCAAGUGGAAGGGUUCAACCUCUCGAAAGAGGAUCUGAUGGAUGAAUUAAACCGUUCAAAUGCAAGAUUGGCCUAUGCUGAAUCAAAGGACGAAGAAGAUGAGGAACAAAGCUUGAUGAAUAUCGGUGAAACAAAAAGGAACAGAAGAAGAAGAAGACGCUCAACAAGUCCCUUAACGGGGACAAUUUCGAACAUUACAGAAACGGUGGUGACUACUCCUUCAAACAACAGAGAAAGUGAGAGCAAUUUUCAAACACCAGGUAAUGCUAAAACGAAUUUUCCUUCCAAAGAAGAUGAAGCCACCUAUUAUAAACGAAAAUAUUUAGAAACUUGUCAUGAUUUGCAAGUACUGAGUGAGAGUUAUGCAAAAUAUCAAAAACGAAGCGAAGAGUUGGAGGAAGAAUACGAUGCCGAGUUGGAAAGAUAUGAAAAUCUACUUCAAAAGAGUGACCUGAAAAUUAAUAUUUUACUUGAACAAGUCAAACGAUUGAAGGAGGAAAUUGAGGAGAAAAACUCGACACAUUCCUUAGAAAUAGAAAGAAUGAUUCAUGAGCUGAAACGGUCAAAUGAAUCAGAAAAAUUCAGUCUAGAUCUCAUAAAGGAUAUUGAGUCAAGUAAUGGAGUAUUGGAACAAAAGUUGUCCAUGAUCGAAAAGGAUUACGAACGAAAGUUAAAAGAAGAAUCAAACAAGCAAAAAGAGCUUCAACAUUCUCUUGAUGAAAUGAAACUUACUGCGGCAGAAACCAUUGAGAAACUUAAAAGUGAAAACAGCAGGCUUGAGAAUGACUUGUCACAUCUUCGAACUGCAUUCGAAAGCGUCAGUCAAAGCUCAUCUGAAAUUGCAAGAUUGAAUUGCGUAAACGACAGGCUCUCCAAAAUUGUGGAAGAAAAGGAUUUGGAGUUGUCACAACUUAAAAACCUUCAUGAAAAGAAAAAGAUGCUUUUCAAAAAAGCUAGGGAGUCCAAAGCCGUCAUGGCAGCACAACCAAAGAAAAACGAUGAAACGUGGAACACCAUCCUCAACACGUGCAAGUCCUUGUCUGAAGGAAUAUCUGCAUGCCAACAUGUCGUUCAAAAUGUGGCAUCUAGCUUGGACACAACUGGUCCUCCAGUCGUACACUCAAUCCAGUAG